UAAACUACCGGAAGAACACAGACAACAACAAACACAGGCAAGCCAAGCGUGUGUCUCGGUCCUCUGUCUUAUUAUUUUACACUCCAUAUUCCAGAAAAUGCAUCUUAGUUGUGACGACCAGACUAAAAUGUACUUUUAUGAGAACAGACUUCAAACAUUCGUUGGAUGGCCGUUUGAAGAGGGCUGCAUUUGCACUCCACAAAAUAUGGCCAAAGCUGGAUUUAUUCACACCCCGUGGGAGAAUAGUCCAGAUACAGCGCAGUGUUUCUUCUGUCUGAAAGAGCUGGAAGGAUGGGAACCCGAGGAUGACCCUGAGAAAGAGCAUAAGACACAUUCUCCUAGCUGUGAUUUUAUCUUGCUAAAGAAGACUGUGGAUAGUCUGACUGUGGAUGAGUUUCUGAAACUUCAGAAAGAGAGACAGAAGUUUAUCAUCAAAAAAUCAUGUAAACAGGCGGUUGAUAAAUUUGAAGAGGCGGUGAAGGUCAAGAGGGCUCAGAUCAUCCAGACGGCGAUGGGGGAAGAGUAAAGAGUUUAAUUUUGCUGUGGUCUGAUUUUUUUGUGGAGCUCACUUUCUUCUUUUCUUUUUGUAUGUCAUGCAAUGCUGUAUGUUUUAUAAAUGUUACCUUGAUGAAAUCUGUAUGUCAAGCCACCUGUUGAAAUUGACCAUAUACACAUACUAUUUAUUUGAAAAUGAUCUUAAUUCAAUACUCUCGUAUGGCCCCUUUAAAGUGUUUAAGGGACAUAAGUCUUAUGACUUGUUCUUUAAGUCUUUUUCUUUGUUUGUCUGUUAAUUAUAAAAACUGAAAAAAAAAAAAAUAAAUAAAGAUCUCGUAGCUGUAACAACCUUUACCUUUUCAGGUCAGGAGAAGUCAAUAGUAGUUAUUAAGAUAAUGGCAGCGCAGCUCUAAAAUACAAAUCUUGGGAAAUCAGUGUGAAAUACUUGUAUUUACAAAUAGAAACAUACUUGUAUGCAUUUUUUUUAUUACAAAAAGGAUGGAUGAUUGAAUAAUGUCAUGAAGGGUGUUGGUAAUGCACUAUACGUCAUGUUUCCUCUGUACCAGUCAUGAGUAAUCUUGCUCUCAGUGUUGGUUGGACACGGACUGAACACAUCGGUGAGGAAUAAAUGUCCAAGCAACCAGUCUUUUUUUCUUAACAGCACAAAGUUUUCUAGUAAUAACCUCUUUCAUGUUGGAUGCAUAUUGGAUGGACAGCCAGCAUCACUUAUUCCAGCUGUUGGGCAGCGCGCGCGAUUUAUUCCUUGAGCUCCUGGCACCCUUCUGUUCAGUAUCUGCUCGCGACGCGCAGCCACAUGGUAGGGUUUUCAGCUUAGGUUUUGGGUUGUCCUGAAGCAGAACCGCAUAUAUUCGGACUGAUAUGAAAAUUACAUUCGGUUCCGUGGUCGUCGGCGGGGGGUUAACGGGUGUUCUCAGUUUCAUCUCUUUAGCGCUUGCCAUUGGAACCGAAUACUGCACCCGAUUCGAACGUUAUCACUCGAUUGAAUGGGGCGUUAUCAGCAGUUAUCAGCCCAUAGAAAUGGGCCAGGAGGGGCCUCCUGCACCUACUAGUAGGCUCAGAAGGCCGUGAUCAUCCAUCCAAAUGGUUGAUCACCCACAAAUAUACAAGAGAAGACUCCAGAUCCAAUCCCAGAAUUCCUGCUCACCUGUAAUCGGAAGUCUACUGGACGAAUGCGGGAACGUUGCGAUAUUUCCUGCUUAAUAUUUUCAGGUAAGACUAUUAAAAUUAUAAAACUGAGCAUUUAAACUGUAAUGGAAAACAAUACAUACACUCGUAUUGCGUGUCAUGAUUGUUGACAUGAGAUAACCUUAUAGCGAAACGUUAUCGCUAACGUUAGGCCAUAUUACGUUAUUAGCCUGUCGUUACGUUAACGUUGCAUGCUUUAUGUGAGCAUUAACGUUGCUGUAUUUACUUCUGAAGCUAAUGGGAGAAUUUAGUUUCUAGUUAAACGCAAAGUUAAACUGUAAACAUUUAAAAACUUUUUACACUCUUACAGGCUUAUUGCAUAUUGUGUAUGCUCGAUAACUCCUCACUGAAGCCAGAUCAUAGGACUAAUAUAACCCAUAUCGACUUGAGAGAAAUAUUAAACACAAGACGUAUUUUAAGGCUGUUUGGAAACCUUGGGAUCUUGACUAGAGUGUAAAAUAAAGUUCUGUGGGUUUGAACAAAGCUUGGCUGGAUUUGAUCCUAUAUCAGGAAGCUUUGGAUCUGUCUUUCUAUCUAUAUACCUUCUCAAAAAUAUAAAGGGAAUACUUAACAACACAAUAUAACCCACAAGUGUUCCCUUUAUUUUUUUGAGCAGUUUAUAUAUAUAGCUAGCUAGCUGUGUAUCUAUUUAUAUAAUCUAUCUUUAGAUAUAGAUCUAGCUCGAUGUCUAUUUAUCUAUCUAUCUAUCUAUCUAUCUAUCUAUCUAUCUAUCUAUCUAUCUAUCUUGCAAUCUAUAUAUCUAGUUAUCUAGCUAGCGGGAUCUAUCUAACUAUCACACCAAAUAUCCCUCAUCUGACUGCAUCCCAUUUUCACUCAUGUGUUUCUGUCUUUUAGGCUGUGAUAAGAAGUACGGUACGGGUUGCACUUUGCUUUAUGUAAUAAUUGUCAAAUAUUUUGAUUUCAGAUAUGGGAAAAGCACUUAAGAUGAGCACACGUUUCAGGAACGUUAAAAUUAAGUUGGUGAGGAGGUCUAUCGCUGGCCCUGCGAAGUUUUCUUACCUCAGUCAAGGUCUUCCCCAGCCCAGCUACAAACAGACCCACCCUUCAGACCCUUCUAUUACAUCUCAACCUGCUGAACCUGAUGAUGCGACACCAAGCUGUUCUGAGAGUGCAUACAGUAAGGCAAAGAAGAGAGAGCUUCAUGCCUGGGAUGCAGUCAAGGAUGACAUGCUUAAGGUGUCGUUUGAAUGUUCAGCAUCAGUCACUACCCAGUGUGCUGUCUCCCGAGAACAUGCUGAUUAUAGGUGCAUUGAGUGCAGCUCCACUGCAGUGUUCUGUGAGGUUUGCCUGAAGAGGAUUCACAGAAAUUCACUGCAUCUUCCUGAAAAGUGGACUAGUGUUUACUAUGAGCCAUCCUCCCUGGGGUUAUUCUUAUAUUUACCUGAAGCCCAUGGCACCCAUGCUGUGUACACAAAGGACAUGAAGGUCAUUGUCAGCACAGGACGGCUCUGCACCGUUACAGUCAACAUGUGUGCGUGUGAACCAGAAACCUGUACUCUGCUGAGAUAUGGGCUCUGAUUAGACCGCCUUCUCCAUCCCUCUGCUAGAGCUUUCUGUUUCUCUGUCACUGGAGUGUCAGGUUUCUGUUGAGGGUUUUUCGCAACACCCCAUAUCCCAUUUUAGGCAUCACCACUUCCGACAAAGAAGUUUGGUUGAUAUUUGCCCACAAUUAAAUGAAGGAACCAUAUGCCCAGCAUGUCCAAAGGCGGAUGGAGAUAUGAUUGUCACAUUGGAUGCCAACUUUGGCCUUGUGAGGAAUCAAAGCUCCAGUACAAGUGCGGUUGAUCCAUUACACAGAACCCGCAUGCUUAGAGGAAUACCUGCUAUCACAUCUUGACAGCUCAAAGCCUCGAGGUGAAAACUUGUGAAAAAAGAUCACUACUCCUCUCAUAAAUCUAUGUUUUCCUUAAAUAUUUAGGACUGCAGUAAGCUGCUCUCAUUCAAGGUAUUAUAAUAUAAUAUAAUAUAAUUACUUUACUGCGUUACUUGUGCAGACAUGUUGUUUUACUAGGUCUGAUCUAUUUUAAAGCUUAGGCACUGUAUUUAAGCAUACAUAUACACCACUAGUCUGUCUGUAUGAGUACAAAAUUAAAAAAUAAACUGUCUAUAAUUGUUACUGUACAAGCACAGUAAAAUAUUUAUAUAAAAAAUAUUGCACUACUGUUAUUUUGCAUAGAAUACAUUGUUCAACAAUAUUUUUGCACACUCAUCCAACUGUCUAUUUAUUACCACUGUUCUCACGUUCCUGCUCUUCAUAAUGUUUAUAUAAUCCUUCAUUGCUCUGUUCAUAAUGUACAUACAAUCCCUACAUUGCAUUCAUAUUAUAUUCUGUAUAUACUCUGAUCAAUAUUGUAUAUAGCAACUCCACUGUACAUUCUGUAUAUCAUAGCUUUACUUACUCUGCACUUUUAUGUAUAUAAAACACUAUAUUCUUGCACUUCUGGUUAGAUGCUAACUGCAUUUCAUUAGCUCUGUACUUGUACUCUGCAUAAUGACAAUAAAGUUGAAUCUAAUCUAAUCUAAAAAAAAAAAAAUGUGUUUACCAUAAUGUAAUAUGUUAUUUACUGUAAUGUACAAAUGUGUGGGAGGUGUUUUGUUUUUUGUGAGCUCACCAUCAAAAUCCCCUUCGACUGAGUUGAAAUGAAAAUAAAUUAUUGGAUCUUGAAUCCUCUGAAGCAA